GAUUUUUCGCCGCAAUUAAAACAACAUCUUUUUAACUGUGUCGUCGCUCUGUCGCUUUUGUGUGUUCGUUCGGUGGUGGUCUAUCAGCUAAACGACGGUCGGUUGUUUUGAUUUGAAUUGGUGUGACUUUUUUUAUUGGCUAAUGAACAAUAUUUUCUUAAAAUAAUUGUUGGUCUCAUUAAACCGGAGUUUGGCGAGUCUCUCUCUCUCCCGCUGUGUGUGUGUGUGUCGCUCUCUCUCUCUGUCUGUCUCACUUGCGGUGAGUGUGGUGGAGAUUUCUCUGUCUCUAAUUCGGGCUCUUUGUUGCGUACGGUACAUUGACGUUGGCUGGCAUCAAUACGUGUGUGUUUGGCACAGUAGUAACUUACCGCUGUUGGCCGACUGCUGGCCGCCGUUCGCCGAUCAUUGUUUAAUCGUCGUUUCGUUGUCGUCUUCACAAAGAGGAAAACAGAAAAUCAAUUAUUUUGGGCGAGAAUUAUUAACCAAUUAUUUGUUGGCAGCUAAUUAAUUGCAAAGACAAAUUUCUUUGUCUGGAAGAUUCUAUAACAGUUUCGUCUAAUUUGGAGUGUUCGGAUAAAAUACAAAAAGAAGAAGAAGAGGUUUUACUUUGUAACGGAAGUAAACGGAAGUAAACGGAAGUCAGAGGGGAAAAUGAGUGAUAGCACUCAAGGUAAUUGUUUUGUGGCUAUGCCACCAAACACUGCCUCGGAUACUGUCAUCAUUGGCCGUAACUCGGAAAAUCCCAGCCUGGUGGGUGUGGCCCAAGAGGUGGCCUACUAUGAGCCAUCGGAAUCCUUGGAGGGCAAGGCCCAUUACUUGCCCGAUUGCACCCCCCUCCGUGUGGUCUUGCAAAAACCCAGUCCCGGUGUCUGGGGUGGUGAUUGCGGCUCCAAUGAACGUAGCGUCAGCAUUGCCAUAACCUGGGCCAAUGAAAUCAAGGGCGAGGUAACCGUCUACGAUGUGAUCCGCCUGGCUUUGGCCUCCUCGGAAACGGCCGAUGAUGCUUUCGAUUGCAUUUUGGAAUUGAUAACGCGCUAUGGGGAUGAUGAUGCCAAGUUUAGCUUGAUUGUUGGUGAUCCUACCAAGGUAUGGAUCAUCAGUUGUGCCGGCAAGAAUUGGGCUGGCCAGCAAAUCUUGAAGGGUGUUCAUCAUUUGCCCAAUGACGGUAUGGCUGUAACCAAGGACUAUGAGAAAUCCAAUGAGGAUCUGGGUGAAACGUUGAGGAAACGGGCCCGCUGGGAUGGUGAGGGUGAAAUUGAUUUCGCUGCGGCCUUUGAUAGCACCCCCACGGCCUCGACGAAAUGGUGUGGUGAUAAACCACCCGACGACGGGACAUUUACGGUAACGGAUAUGUUUGAGACUUUACGUUCGGCAGCCAAGGAAGAAUCAUCACGUUCGGCAUCGGUCUUUGUACUCUCCAAGAAUGGCAUUUCAUCGCAUUGGUUUACGGCUACUCCGAAUACAAGUGAGUCGGUAUUUAAACCAUUCGUUUUUGCACCCAAACCGAAGAUAUCGCCGCUGACCAAGGCUCCACCGGAUGGUGGGAGUGUGACACUGCUGCACAAGUUACAUGGACAACGAAAGGUAUCGGCAUUGGAACAUUUGAAGGCAUUGGAAGCGGCUUGUGUUGAAGAGGUAACGGCCUAUUUGAAGGAACAUCCAACUGUUACCGAGGAACUGGAUGAGCUGAUGAAAGAUUGCGUUGAGGCUGAGGUGAAAUUUUAUCGUUAAAAUAAUACCUGAACCUCGGCCUCGGCCGCAUGCUGACGACGUUGACACGACCCCUUGGCAAAUGGAUAAAUGGUUUAAUGCAUAACGAUUUAAUGGUUACAGUUAUUGGUUUUCGAAACUGGGUUGACAAACUGGCUAAAAAUGUCUAAAGGCUCAAUGAUUUUUGGUUCACAUGGUUUGGAAUUGUUUACCGCGGAAGGCAUGAUUUUUUAGGAUACACUGACCCUUGGCAAAUGUUUAAAUGGCUAAUGAUUUUCACGAUAAUAUCUAUUAAGUAAAGUCUCAAAAUCAUAAGCUUGAUUUUAAAAUCAUCAAAAAAACAAAAAUUAUAAAUCAAAUUAUUAAAGAAAAAAAAUAACACAAAAGUAAUGCAACAAAAUUUGGUAAAACCUUGAAAACAAACUCGCAUAACUCAAAACCUCGCUUCAUAAUUUUUGGAAUUAUGAUAUAUAAUACAAAAAAAAAAAAAAAAAACAACAAAACAAACAAAAAACUUAGUUAUGUAAGCAAAAAAAAAAAAAAAUAUUAAAAAAAUUAAUAUUUAAAAGACGAAAAAACAAAAGAAAAACCACCCGGCCAGGACCCAGGAUUUUGUGAUGAUGCUGGCUUCAAACAGCCACCCUCAAAAAAAUACGAAAUCCUGUUUAAAUAUUUUUUUUUGCUAUUAUUUUGACUUAGGAAGCUUUGGGUUAUUUUAUUCCUGAUCAGUUUAAAAUGUCCCCAAGCUUCCUUGAGAGAUAAUUAUAUUAUUUACAAUUUUCCACCAGAUUUGACACAAUCCAGGCCUCGAUUUGGCCCUGGAUUGCCUUAACCGGACUUACCGUUCCAGAGAUAAUUUUAACCAGACUUUGACCGAAUAUUAACACAUACUUUUCAAUGAAUAAAUCCACAUUCAAAACCUUGAUAUUUCCACACAACAACAAAAAAAAAAUAUCAAACACGAAAACCACAAAGUUUCGCCCAACAUGACCCUGGGCGGGACUUUGUUUCUUAACUUUAUUAAUAAUAAUAAUAAA